CAAACAGAAGGUUUUCAUAGAAGAGAGAGAAAGCUUCUUCGUAUUUUUAUUCUGGUCGUCUAUAAUACAACUCCAUUAACACACAAAACUCCAUCAAACUGACACAAACACAAAAACUAUCCUUAACAAAACAGAGACUGUACACGGAAGAGGUGGACGGUGGUGUCAGAUCUGAUAAUAAUAUGGGUAGCAGAGGCGGCGGCGGCGGCGGAGCUGGAAUACCACCGGCAUCAAGAAAGAUGGUACAAAGCUUAAAAGAGAUUGUAAACGGUGUUCCGGAUUCUGAGAUCUAUUCCACUCUUAAAGACUGUAAUAUGGACCCUAAUGAAGCUGUUAAUCGUCUUCUUUCUCAAGAUACUUUUCACGAGGUGAAGAGCAAACGAGAAAAGAAAAAAGAGCACAAGGAUACAACAGAAUCUAGACCCCGUGGUGGUGGCAGCACCUCUAAUCGUGGGGGUAGAAGUGGCACAGAUCGAUACGCUGGACGUAGUGGUUCAACCCAUUUUAACUCUUCUGAGCCUGGUGGAUUGCAUGGAAAGCCUACAUAUAAGAGGGAAAAUGGGUCGAGUUCUUUUACAUCUUCAAACACUCCAGCUACUAGAGUUGCAUCGCGUAAUGCAAAUUGGCACCCUCAAUCUUACAGUGAAUCUUUAGGUGUGGCAAAUGAACCAUUAGCUCAUAAUGUAGCUGAUGCUGUACCAGUUCCACAGCCAUCUUCUGGAUACCAAUCUGCUUGGGUGGGUGCACCCGGACAAAAGUCAAUGGCUGACAUUGUCAAAAUGGGUAGGCCACAGAACAAGGUUUAUAGCACUUCAAACGCAUCUCAACCGAACAUCAAUCACAACCUGGUUCCUGAGAUACAUCCUGAACAUGAUGCUUCUCCUCAUAAUGAAUGGCCCUCUAUUGAGAAGCCACCCGCUGUUCGUGUGGUAGAUACUCAUGCAGAUUCUGGGAUGGAUUUGGCUCAAUCAAAUUUGUCAUUCGAUAAAAGUAACGAGUAUGUAGGCUAUGAGACCAAUGUGGUUGAGCCGCAAGAGGAAAGUUCUUCUGAAGAUGACAUUGAGGACCACGUUGGACCUGCUUCUGUUACCGAACCCCAUUAUGACGAUGGAUCUUAUAACAACAUGGACUCUUACCAUCCUCACGAUGAUGCUUCCGACAACAAAGAAGUCGAAGAAGUUGAACCCCCUAUGUCGUCCAUGAGUGCAAGUAUGCAAAAGCUUGCAAUACAAGAUGAGGAGCCCACGGUACAACCUGAAGAGGAUGUCCCUUCUGUAGUAAUUCCGAAUCACUUACAAGUCCAUAGUGCUGAUUGCUCGCACUUAAGUUUUGGAAGCUUUGGAGUAACCAUGAAUCCGGGAUUCUCUGGACCCUCAUCUGCAGAGCACUCUGAAACGACAAAUCUAGAGUACUAUGAAGAUACUUCUGCAAGAACGUUAGCAGGAGCAGAGAACUAUGAGUUACCUUCUGCUUCACAAACUGCAGUUAUGAAACAAGAGGAUUCUGAAGUGACACAUAGCAGUCAAAAUCAAUAUGGUUUUUCUCAUAAUAACCAGUUAUUGGAACCUUCUUUCCCUCAAUCCCAAACACCUCCACAGACUCAAAUUUCUACUCCCUUUUUGAACGUCAUGCAGGCUGCAGCGAAUGGCCAUCCUGCAAGAGAACCUGAUCUGUCGUACUCACAGUUUUCAGUAAGUCAAUCUAUGCCUUCUAGGUAUGCCAACUCAGCAUCUUCCAUCAGCGAUCCUACCAUAUCCAUGGCAGAGGCUUUAAAGACUGUUGGCCUUUCAUCGUCUCAACCGCUACAACAGAAUCUUUCUACUGGGCCUGCUGUACCGCAGCACCUUCUGCACCCUUACUCCCAACCCACUCUUCCUUUGGGACCUUUUGCAGCUAACAUGAUCGGCUACCCUUUCUUAGCCCCCCAAAGUUAUACAUACAUGCCAUCUGGUUUUCAACCCGCAUAUGCUGGAAAUAGUACAUAUCAUCAACAGUUAGCGGCCAUGCUACCUCAGUACAAAAGUAGUAUUUCAGCCAGCAGCUUGCCACAAUCUGCUGCUUCCGGUUAUGGUUCAUUUGGUGGGUCAACAACAAUUCCUGGAAAUUACCAAGUUAGCCAACCUUCAGUUGCUGAAGGUUCUGCAAUAAAUUAUGAAGAUGCCUUGAGAGCCCAUUAUAAAGAUAGCAGCCAUUUGCUCUCUCUUCAACAGCAGCAGCAGCAGCUACAACAACAGAAUGAGAACUGGCUUCAUGGAGGUGGCUCCCGGACAAUGCCGGCUGUUGCAGCCAGUGCAUAUUACAAUCUGCAGGGUCAGAGCCAGCAGCAGCCAAGUGGGUUUAGGCAAGGUCAGCAGCCUUCACAGAGUUAUGGCGGGGCACCGCUAAAUUACCCAGAUUUUUUCCACUCCCAGCCUGGGAUGUCACAGGAGCAACAUCAGCUACAGCAGAAUUCUAGGGAGGCUUCACUUGGUGGUGGGUCCCAAGGGCAACCUAAACUUCAGUCGCAACAGUUAUGGCAAAACGGAUACUGAUGGGUGAUAUCCAAAUCAAGGUUUUUCAGGGUCUCGUCUUGUGCCUUGAGAGGUUGUAUCAUACCAUACGUUUCAUGGUGCGAGUUCAGUUUAGUGUAACGUAGUUAUUACUUUUAUCGUGGUUAGUGGACUCUCUUGCUUAUUUCGUUGGUGUAUUUUUCUUUUGCUCA